AUGGAAGAAUUUCAGGGUGCAUUAAAUAGCUUUCAAAAGGACUGGUUACAGUUGCAAGAAAAGCACUCAUCACUGGUUAUGUCACUGUACAAACUCAAGGAGGAAGAGACAAGUUGCGUCCGUAGUGUUAAACAUUGUCGAAAGUAUAUGAAACUUUUGAAGCAUGAAAUUGCAAGUCUUCAAAAGAAUGCUACGGGUGAUGAGAUUACCAUACUUGAAAAAGCCAAAAUCGAUAUUCUUAAGAAAGAGUAUGUUUUACGGGAUAUUGAAGAUGUUUUACCUCGAACACCAGGUUUGUAUUUGCGUAUCGUACUUGGAGCUCUUAAUAUAUCGUUUGCUAACAAGGAGGACAAAUUCAGAUACAAGAAUGAUUACGAACGGUUCAAAAUCAUUAUUUCGGGAAUAUGUGCAUUUUUGGCGUUUCUGCUAUACUUUUACGUUCAGAAUAGAAUUGUGGAUACUAUUUUUCAUUUUCUAUUGGUAUGGUACUAUUGCACACUAACUAUUCGCGAACGCAUUCUUAUUGCCAAUGGGUCACGCAUUAAAGGGUGGUGGAAUAUAUCUCAUUUUAUGUCAACAGCCUAUUCUGGUAUUAUGCUUAUCUGGCCUAGAUCUCGUUCGUAUGAUGAAUUUCGUGAUCAGUUCAUGCUUUUUUGCUUAUACCUAAAUCUUGUUCAUUUUAUACAAUUUCAAUAUCAAAUAAGUUGCCUGUAUAAACUUCGUACUUUGGGUUGUCGACAUCCAAUGGAUAUAACUGUUGAUGGUUUCAUGUCAUGGAUGUUUCGUCGAAUUACGUUCGUCCUACCUUUCCUAUUUGUAGUAUACGGUUUUGAACUAUACAUGGCUUAUAAUCUUUACGUCAUAUCCCAACAGAGCUAUUGUCACGAAUGGCAGGUACCUGCUGUAUCAAUCAUUUAUUUCAUACUAGCAAUGGGCAGUAUUGUGACAGUUUUACAAGUGAUACGUCAAAAGAUUUGUGCACCACCACCUAUUGUACUUCAUGAUCAUUUAACGAAAAAGUAUAGUUUUGCUGUACCAAAUGAAAAAUUUAAGGCUUAUGACGAAUUCGGUGAUAAUGAUGAUACAACAACAGAAAAGGUCAUCACAUGA